CCAACGGCCAGGAUGAAAAGCAAUUCAAUCUAACGGUUCUUAUUCUUCAACUCUUCUCCUACAAAUACCGUCUCUUAUAUCCUUUCCCUCCCUCUUCUUCCUAGGUUUCAAAGCGUUAGGGUUUCAAGCUACUGCCGUUUUCAUUCCUCUCGAAGAUGGUGCUGCCAAACGAUAUCGAUCUGCUGAAUCCUCCAGCGGAGCUCGAGAAGAAGAGGCACAAGCUCAAGCGCCUCGUUCAGUCUCCCAACUCUUUCUUCAUGGAUGUGAAGUGCCAGGGAUGCUUCAAUAUUACGACUGUUUUUAGCCACUCGCAGACUGUUGUGGUCUGUGGGAACUGCCAGACGGUCUUGUGUCAGCCAACUGGAGGGCGUGCGAGGCUGACGGAGGGAUGCUCUUUUAGGAGGAAGGGAGAUUGAGGGUGUGAACAUUUUUAGAGUCGAGCAUGGGGUUUGUUUCUAAAUGGAAAUGAGGCAUCAAUGGUUUUGUUUCUGGAUAUAUUUCUUUUUGUUGGGAGAACUUGUCAUUUAAGGUAUCAUGGUAAUCUAGUUCUAUUUUGAUG